GAGGUAGCUUACUCAGUCACAUGACCAUACCAGGAAGGGAAUGCGAAUCCAAAAUGGCAGCGUCCUUGAUAAACAUGGUUUUGCGGUUGUGAAGUGUCACACAUGAGUCUGUCGUGCAAGUUGCAUUUAGAGUGGAGGAAUGAAAGCUGUCGAGACAAUACUCUUUUAACACAACAUGGAUAGAAGAGAAUUCACCGCGUCUCUUGUGGCAGGUGGCUGUGCAGGGAUGUGUGUUGACCUCACCCUCUUCCCUCUGGACACCAUUAAGACCAGGCUGCAGAGCCAGCAGGGCUUCUCCAAGGCCGGGGGCUUCCGAGGCAUCUACGCAGGGGUCCCGUCCGCAGCCAUCGGCUCCUUUCCCAAUGCUGCAGCAUUCUUCGUCACCUACGAGAGCGCCAAGUCCCUGCUCGGCACUGCCGUCUCGCCACACAUGGCACCUGUCACUCACAUGCUCGCCGCCUCCCUCGGAGAAAUAGUGGCCUGUCUGAUCCGUGUGCCCACCGAGGUGGUGAAGCAGAGGACCCAGGCAUGCCCCUCCACCAACACAUACCAGGUGCUUGUGUCGACACUCAGAGCCGAGGGUUUCAAGGGCCUGUACCGAGGCUAUAGCAGCACAGUGCUCAGAGAGAUCCCCUUCUCUCUGGUGCAGUUUCCACUGUGGGAGUACUUGAAGAGUCUCUGGUCACGGAGGCAAGGUCACACGCUGUAUUCUUGGCAGGCGGCAGUGUGCGGAGCUUUUGCAGGUGGAGUUGCAGCGUUGGUCACCACACCUCUGGACGUAGCGAAGACCAGGAUCAUGCUGGCAAAGGCGGGGACGAGCACGGCCAACGGGAGCCUCCCCCUGGUGCUGUGUGAGGUGUGGAGGAGUCAGGGAGUGACGGGGCUCUUUGCAGGAAGUAUUCCCAGGAUGACAGCCAUCAGCCUGGGCGGCUUCAUCUUCCUGGGGGCGUAUGAGAAGGUGCGACGCACCAUGCUUUCAUGACCGGCCCUUGGGAGGAUCACAGUUGAGCCUUCAACUCCUGACCCCCCCCCCCCAUCAACCAAUGAGGCCCCAGUUUGAGCUGGUCAGUCAUUUGGGGGAAGUGCUGGGGGUGCGGGGGGGAGAUAGAUGGACACCUGGUGCUUGGAGAAGCAGGCCCCCUAUCGUAUUACCUAGCGCAAUGCAUUCUUGGUCAUCAGUGCAGAGCAGAUUGGGUUUAACUGUUUGAAUUCCAGUUAUUUAACAACACAGAUCAUUUUCAAACAGAUACCUCCAAUGACAAUGCCAUGAGAUGUAUUCUGUUUUGUGUGCAUGGUUCAAGAUUAUGCAUUAAAACGCUGUUUUUGUUUUAAUUGUUUGUUUGUUUGUUUGUUUGUUUAUUUGCCGUUGAGUCUUUAUUUGACUCAGUUUCACUUCCACUAGUUGCAUAGUUGAGGGCAGUAUGUGAACGUUUCAGUAUACUUGUGAUUGUAGCAUUGCUACAGUCAGUGCAAAUGAAAAAAAUGUCAUCGGCAAUUCCAGUGUUUGAAGAGUAGAACCAUAUAUACAGAGCACAGAUAUGACCCUGCACACAAAACAAACUUGCUUAUAUACAAAACAGUAAUAAAACAUAUAUAUAUAUACUUAUAUAUAUAUGAUGGACCAUCUGCUUACAAGAUUUUGUAAGCAGUGAAUUGUACAAGACUAUGAAACAGUUUGAAGGAUAAAUGUCUAAAUGAAGAGGGAAAUGCAUGCUGGGAACUGGGCAUGUGGACAGGACUGGCUUCCUGAAGGUUGCCGUGCCUCCAGCCAUCCAGCACAACCCUUAUUCCCUUCUGGGCACCUCAGCCUCACAGACUCUAUGAGUGGCAUAUACAGUACAUAUGCACACACACAUAUGUGCACACAUAUAUACACAUAUACAUUGCCUCUAUAGGCUGGUAUCUCUACAAAAACGUUUUCCAACUUAAUAUUUUUCUUGAUUUUUAAAAACCUGCUUUAUGUACUCAUGUACUUCAUGUAAAACAUACAAUUAUAAUGGAUACACCUUGAAAUAUACAAGCAGCUAUCACUUGGGUCAAAGCAUUACUCAACAAGUGCUACGUGUUAAAAUCAUUUCAAACGGAGGUGUUAGCUGAGGUAGAUUUCUCAAAAAUUGCCCCGAAUAAAAGAAGUUUAAACUUCA